AUGACUUCUUUUAUGCAAUCAACCUUUAGUAUACAAACAAAAGCUAAUUUUGACUUUCUACAAUAGCCAAGUGAUUCUGAUUCAGAUGAUGAAUCAAAGAAAAUGUUAACAGGAGUUUAAAAGUAAACUUAGUAGAGAGAUAUAAAAAAAUAAAAAAAACUGAUUGAUAUAGAUUCUAUAAAACAUGAAUUAGGAGUAAGACCAAUAAAUGAGAAUGUUAAUCCUGAAAAUUAUUAUCGUAGAUAUUCUCGAAAGAGUAUUGGAACAUUAUAGAAUUUGAUAAUUCCAACAUCAUCUAUUUUAAUUGAAUAAUUAAGUUAAAUUAAAAAGAUAAAAGAGAUUAGAAAAGAAGUACCUCCAGAAUUGUUAGGUCGUAUAUACUCUGAAUUUAGGUAUUAAAAUAGAUUUUAGUAAUUAGGUAUUAAUAUGUGGCUUAAUUGAAUCCAGUUUAUAGAUAAGGUGAUUAAAAUAAGCGAUUUUAUAUAAUUUUAGAAGGGAAAGUAGUAAUAAUGAAGCCAAAAGAGAAGAUGGUUGGAUCUAACAAAUUGGAUUAUAAUGAAAAUUAAGAAACUAAACCUGUUAAGAAAACUGAGUAGGAUCCCUAUGGAUUAAAUAAUGUAUUUCCAGAUUACAUUAUAUUGAAAGUACUAUUUUAAGGAGAGUAUGUAAAUAAAGAGCUAUAAAAAGUUCAUUUGGAGAGGCUGCUAUUAAGUUAGACACUGCUAGAUCAUCAACUGUUUAUGCAUUAGAAUAGACUCAUCUAAUAUAUUUAAGUGAGAUGGCCUAUUUAGAAUUAAUUAAUCCUUAUAUGAGUGCUGCAUUAGAUAAUAAAAUUAAUUACUUUUCUAAAACGCCAUUGUUUUACAAUAUUGAACCUUCAGAAUUUAUGGGUAUAAUUUUAGAAUGUAAAUUAAUAACACAUCAUGCAGGAGAAAUUAUAUUUAAAGAAGAUGAUAAAUCAACCCAUAUAUAUUUCAUUAUUGAUGGUGAAAUAGAAUUAUCUAAAAAAGUUGGAUAAAAAAUUAUAGUUUUGUCAUCUUAUGGUUAAUAUUAAGGAUUUGGAGAAGUUGAAAUUAUGUUAAAGAUUCCUCGAUUCACUAAAGCCAAAGUUAUUACACCUAAAUUACAUGUUUAUAGAAUUAGAAAGAGAUAAUUUUUUGAUAAUUUAGGUAAUUAUCAAAUUUUUGAAAAUAUGAAAAAGAAUUCUGAUGUUAUUUUUAAACAUUGGUAAAAUAAAUGUUAAACUGCAUAAUAAACAAUACACUAAUAAGAUGAAGUAAGAUUUUAUUAAUUAUUAUCAGAUCUUUAAAGCUGCUCAAGAUGUCUAACAAAAUAAACCAAAUUUUUAAGCUAAACACAUUUUAAAUAAAAAAUUGGUUGAAUCUUAAGGAUAAAAAUUAUCUCAAGUUAAAUUAUUAUAGAAUAUAACAGAUGAAGAUUUAAGGAGCAUAAAAAUAGUUAAUAGUCAAAAUUAAAGUGUAUUAUAAAAAGUUUACAGCAAUACUUUAUAAUAAUACUAAGCAAGAUUAUUGAAGAAACCUUAAGUGGUUUAAUAAUCUCAAGAUGAAAAUUGUAUCAGAAAUCAAAUGACAAUAAAAACACAAGCAGAUUUUUUGAAUGAAAAUAAUAUAGAAUUCAAUUCAUUAACAACUAGAUCAUCUUAACCAGUGAUUAAGACUGAAAAUGUUCAUUAAUCUUAUGGUUCAUUACCUUCUAUUCAUACUAUUUAAAAUCCUCCAUUAUAGAAAGUAUUUGAUACUCUUAGUACACUUCCAAGAGUUAAUAAAGAUAAUCUUGUUUUGUCUUUAAUAUAUUAAUAGGCUUUCAAAUCAGAGAAUCCAGAGAAAAAAGCAAAAUAGAUUUAAAAAGUUAUUUAAGCAUCAUAUAGAAAUGUUUAAAAACAAUUUGAAUCAAAAUCACAUCAUUAAAGUGAAAUUAAUAAUAAUAGUAAUAAUUAAUCUAUCGAUAAACGUAGAUUGAAAUAUAAAUCAAGUCAAACUAAUGAUCUCAAUUCAACAAGAAGCAAUUAUGUGAGUUUUGUUUAAUAAAAAUAAUUAUGUUCUUAAAUAAAUUGA